AAUCCAAUCCACCCUAAACUUCAUUUGCGUCGAAGCUUCCGAAGCUUUGUUGCGGUUUGGUGUGUCUUUUAUUUUUACGUAGAACUCAUAUCGAUCCGAUAUGCCGCGUCCGAGAAUGGAUUUUGCGACUAAUAAGUGGCGAGGCACCACGCGAGCAAGAAUGAACAGCCCUGGAGGUUAUGGGCACUGCUCAAUUGGCUCAUUCCUCGGUGCUUCUCGAAGGCCUGGUCAAGGAGGAGUUGCUCAGUGAACUACUAGUUUGAGUUCCCUGAGACGGACACCACUGACAUCACCUACAGUGCUGAGGUACAGGCUUAAUGGCAGAUAUCAAUAGGAGAUGAUGGAUCCAGUGUUACAUUCCUGUGGCUUUUUGGUUGUUUCCCAAUUAUUGAAGGGAGUUGCAGGCUUAUCAUGGGCGACACAGUGCUUUGCUCGCACCUUCACGGAGUACAGCAGUGUGGGGAAGCAAGUCGAGGACAGCCUCUCUCGAUUUCUGUCCCGGGGGCGCUAUGCUCUUCCAGGACCAAGCAAGAAACACAGUGCAGAGAGGCAAGGAGGUAAAAUAAAGGGAGUAAAACAAAAGGAACAGGGACCGGUUUCCGUGAACAUAACAGCCGAGAAAACAUCUGAGCAAGCUGACACCUUACAGACAUGUCAGGAAGCAAGGAAAGGUUAUUUUUUCACUCAUCGUUUACAUUUGGGUGAUUAA